GCAAAUAAGCCUUGAGUGGGCCGUGGAGGAAGCAGUAGUUCGUCCAGUUCCAGUACGGCGUUAGUCCAAUCGAAGAACGUCGCUCCUAUUUCUCUCCAGACUCGAAAGCUACACUUUCGAGCAAGUUUUCAGCCAUGGGAAAGAAGGCUAAAUCUUCUGGUCCUGUUGCAGUCGUUCAAUCUAAGCGUAACGAAGAUUCCUACGAAGGGGAACGUCUCGAUGAGUUGCUGCAGUCGAUUCAGAGGGAGAUAAAGAGAGCAAGAUUUCUGAAUGCGGAUUCCUUGCCGGAAAAAAUUUGGCUCAAGAAACAAUUUGCAAUUGGAGUUAAUGAGGUUACUAGAGUCCUUGAACGGAUGACGCCAAGUGAAGAUUCUGCUCGUAUGAACCCUAAUUAUAAGGCGUGUACAGUCAGGCUUCAGGCUAUACUUUUAACUGCUGAUUGCAACCCUCGAUGGCUGACAAACCAUGUGCCAAGCUUGGCCAUAUCUAGGAAGGUACCAUUGAUACUCGUGAAAGAUAAAGAGGGUUCUUUAAGGUUAGGUGAACUCGUUAACCUUAAAACAGCAAUUGCAAUUGGAAUAAAGGAUAAUGGGAGCCCUGUUAAUCAACUUAUUGGUGAAAUUCUUUCAAGAACAACAUAAAAACAGGUGGCAGAAUACAACAAAGUUGUCUAGUGUACAGUAAAAAUGGUAUGAAAUAGAGGCAGUCUGAGAUUUGUAGUUCGUGCUGAUUCACUCUUGAUAAUGACCGCCACUAUGGCUUUUAGUAUCCUUAUAAAGAAUAUUUGCAGAAGCCUGAGAUGGUAGGAUAGCAAUUGUUAUGUAAUACAUUGUGGGAUUCCAAAUUGCGUGCGGAGUUUAAAUUUCGUGUUGUUAUUGUGGCUGAUAGAGUUCAAAUAGUCCAUAACA